GGCUUUGGUCCGUGACGAAUCAAGACUGAGCGACACUCACCAUCAGGUCUUCGCUUCACUUUCAGCGAGCUCGCACGCCAAAUCUUCUCUCAUCCGCCCAUGGAGCUGUACAACAACACUCGUUUUCAAUGGCCAAUUUCUGCGGAUUCUCUCCAGCAUUUGUACACGAGGCUCGCCGCACCACACUCUUUCGACUCGGUAUCGCUAACAGCAGCUCUCCGCGACCGGGGAGAUGGCUGAAGACUUUCCAAUCUAUCUUGCUACCCGUCGGUCGACACGCAUCUGUACAGUCUAUCUCAUCGUAGGCACUCUCGGUACCGUUGAGGCUCGCCUUUUCUCUCGUUCCUUUUGCUUCUUAACUAGCUUGUUCAACUCCACUUGUCCUUCUCCAGGCCGCGCUUUCUGUUUGCGCUCGCAUGCAGGUUUGAUAACUUGCACACGCAGUACUAUCCCGUUCGCUCUCGCCGCUCCACCAUCACUGCAUCCUUUUGAUUUGAAAUUGAUGAUUUUUCCCCAACUUGUCACCAGCCAUUGCGUAUGCUCAUGCUUCGCGUCGCUUUCCGUCGAGGACUGCCCCUCGACUUUAGCUACCUGGGCGUCCGUUGCAACUCCACAAUCAUCAACAGUACUCGAAUGUGUGGAUGAGCAUCAUCAUCACUGCUGUGCCUCUGCUGUGAUUAGCUCGUCAGAAGUCGGACGUUCCACUCUGAUGCGACGACGUCGAUGUUGGCGACUUUGUCCUUUUUCGUGCAGCUCUUGCAUGUAAGCGCUUGCUUGGCAUGAGCAGUCGUUCAAAGGUCAGACCAGGUGGAUGUCGCAGCAGACUAAAGAGGGGACACAGAUAGCGAGGAGGUGUACACCCCCGCAGGAUUCAAAAAGACGCUUCGGAAAGCACAGCAC